AUGGAAGGAGAUAAUAUCCAUCCUUUACUAUUAAUUAAUGAAAGCUCUAGAGUCGAGGUUAUUAAUAAUACAAUCGAGUUAUGGGAAAAAGAUAACAAUUCAUUAGCUUUAUCUGCGGAAGUACUGGAUUGGAUAUUAAACACAUUCUCAGUUGGAUUUCAACUUGAUGAUAGCCAAAAUAUUUUAAAGGAACGUCUUUCUCUUUUAGUUUUAGAAUUUUCUUUUUACAUCCAAAAGAGCAUCGAAGCAGAUGAUGCUGAUAAAUUAAUACAGAAGUCUCUUAAUAUGGUCACUUCGUCACUCAUAAACGGUCAUAUUAAUAACAGCAAAGAAAUAAUUUUUAGUUUAUACAACACUAUUUUUGAAAAACGCGUACAAUUUUCAUCCAAAGCAUGGGAAAUCAUUAUUAAUUUUGUCAAAUUUAUUACCAAAGACUUAAAAAUCAAAGAAUAUACCGAUGAAUUAUCGAAAAUCAUUGCUUUUAUGUAUCCUUUAUCAAAAUUGACUGAUAACAAAACUUUAAAGUCCUUUAGAAAUAUACUCGAAGCAUCAAAUACUCAAAAAAGUCUUCAGCCGGAAAUUUCAUUUAUGAUUCGAUCGAUUUUCGAAUAUACAUUUCCUUUGAUCUUCGAUUUUUCAACCAACGAAAACUCUACAAUUUCAACACGUGAUUUUGGGAUUUUAUCCAAAAUUGAAUCCGAAAUUUUAUUAUCUUAUUUGAAGGCAAUUAUUCUUUAUUCUGAUAGCAGCCAAGAUAAAACGAUCUUUCCUAUUGCUGUUAAUGUCAUUACUAAUAUCAGAGAGUAUAGUACUAAUGUUUUUUUGGUGAAAUUCCCUUUAGACCAAUUUUUCUCGAUUUUUUCACGAAUUUCUUUUCUCCCGGAGCCACAAAACUUUGAGUGUUUCAUUGAUCUGCUAAGUUUCGGAUAUCUUAUCGAUAAAAAUUGGAAGAAAUCAAUAAUUGUCUACUUAAAGUACAUUUUAGAUUACUAUUUAAGCAUUAUUAAUUCUGAAGCAUCAUUGGGACUUCCAAAUUACCUGAAAUUAGUUCGAAAUUUCGUUCAAAACGAGAGAAUUAUUUCAUAUCUCAUUCCUUAUAUCCUUAAAUCGCUUAAGGACAAUAAUAUCUUGUUCCCCAUUGACUUUUUGUUAAACUUAGCUAGUGACAGUGAAUGGAUAACCCAGAAAAUUCUUCAAGAUAAUGUUUCAUUGACAGAAUUUACGAGAACUCAAGGUCCGUUCUCUGCAAUCUCAACAAUACCAUCUAUUAAGAAUAUGGUAUUGUAUUUCGCUUCGAUUUAUCCAAAAAUGAACUCUUGUAACACGAUAUUUACUUUAAUUUACUAUUAUACUAACAAUAUCCAGCAUUUCUGUGAAACAAUAUAUCACUCAUUAGAUCCGAAUUUCCUGGCAAUCAGAAAUUCCUUUGGAACAAUUGAUUCUUUGAUUUGUCUAUUUUAUAUAUGUCAUGACCUUGAUUUUAUUAAGAAUUUGAUUAAUAGUGGAAGGUUCUAUUCCAUUAUUUCCGAAUCAAUCAAAACAAAAAUGCAUGAAAUCAUGAUUAUGAUUUUGAUUGAAAUUGCAAACGUAACUGAUAUAUUUUCAAUCAAUGAAGGCUUCAGACAGCAUGUUGCAGAGAUUUGCAGACAUAAUAUCGUUCAAAAAAUGCCAAAUUUGAAUUUGUACAAAACAUUGUUGUUUAAAUUACUUUUGAGUAGUAAGAAGGUAUCGAACACAUCCGAAAUCACUCGGUUCCAAGAAGAAAGCCGGAUUUUCAUAGUCAAUGAAUAUCUUUUAUUAAUGAAAGAGAAUCCAUCAAUUCUAGACGUACAAACUCUUUCUCCUUAUGGCGUAUUUUCGUUCCAAGCCACUCCGGUUCCGUUCUCACACGGAAAUUCCGGAAAAGAAGAAACAGAUAACGAAAGUUCGGAAGAUUUAUCAUCGUCAAGGGAAGAAAGUUUGUCACAGAACUCGAUUUCAUCAUCAAACAAGUUUGACAAUAUCAGAGCUGUUGAUUUCCUUUACAAUAUUGGAAUUAUUGAUUCAUCAAACACAAAUAAGGUCCAAUACAUUGGCAAGGACAAGAAAUAUGUCAGCGAAUAUGUUAACGCGAUGGUCCUUCCUGUUAUUAAUGUCUCUGUUAUGUCAGUUGACGAGAAAUGCGAAAAACUCGAAAGAAAAUCUGAAAUUUCACCUCAAUACAGGUAUUUUCUUUCUCAACUUGGCAAGAGAACCAUUGAUAAUGACACUACAGCCACAGAUUUCGCACUCUUUACUGCUCAAUUCCAUUCCAGGCCUCAAAAUAAUAUUCCGAUAGACAUAAGCAUCAUAUUUAUUGAUGGAAUGAGUUUUGUCAAUGCCAUCUCAGACAACUUCACUCAAAUCACACCGAAAAUUGCAGUUCAACCUCUGCAUAAAGGCGCUUAUGCGGUUUAUCUUAUUUUUGGGGAUUUCGGCCUUCUUCUUGAAGAUCCGAUAAUUGUUCAAACCCAAAACCUUAUUUCCCUUAUACAUUCCUUUAUCCUUUCCUUUGCGAUCAAGUUCAAGAUGCAAUCCAUCAUAAAAUCAUUAGAUAAGAGACUAAAGUUCAACGAGAACUCCAAACCGCAGUCCCAGCCACUGAUCGAUAUCGUGAAAUUGGCAGCAGGCGCAGAAAAAAUCCCGGCCACAUAA